UUUGUAGCUUUGUGCAAUCUUGAGAAUCUUCAAGAACUGGAUCUUGGCAGCAAUGAAUUGGAAGUGAGCCUUCCACCAUGUCUCAGCAACUUGUCAUCCCUCCAACUACUCGAUCUCUCCCAUAAUAAACUCAGUGGGCAAAUAUCCUCAUCUCUCAUCUCUAGCCUCACAAUGCUUCGGUUCCUUUCUCUCUCUUACAACCACUUUGAAGGGUCUCUCUCAUUUAGCUCAUUUGCUAACCUUUCCAAACUUGAGCUUGUGGAACUUUCAGUAGCGGAUGAUAGCUAUCCUGCGGCCGAUGCUAUAACUUAUACCAAUCAGUUAGAGGUUGAAACUGAAUCCAUACAUUGGGUUCCUAAAUUCCAGUUGAAAGUCCUCACUUAUCAAACUGCAACACCAACAAGCUGACUGGUACCAUUCCCACCUUCCUUUCCAGCCAACAUAACCUGAUAUCGUUAGACCUUUCCCACAACAACAUGAAGGGAAAGUUCCCAUCUUGGUUGUUAGAGAAUAAUGAAAGACUACUAGUUCUAGACCUAGGAAGCAAUUCCUUAGUCAGCCCAUUCCAUCUGCCAACUCAUUCUAGCAACCUGGAUUUAUCAUUGUUGGACGUCUCCAACAACCACAUCUACGGACAACUUCCCAAAAAUAUCGGCUCCCUCCUUCCAAAUAUAGAAUACUUAAACAUGUCUACAAACGCUCUUCAUGGUACUAUUCCUUCAUCGAUGGGCAACAUGACGAAACUGUCUUCUUUAGAUUUGUCAAUAAACAAAUUUUCAGGAGGAAUACCAGAGGAAUUGCCCAUGGGUUGCAUCUCAUUGGAAAUUUUGAAGCUAUCAAACAAUAGAUUACAAGGCCUAGUGUUUCCCACUCAUUCGAACUUGAAAUCGUUGCAGUAUCUGUAUCUGGAUGGUAAUAGAUUCACGGGGAAGAUCUCAGCUGGUUUAUUCAAAAGUCAGAAUCUACAGAGAUUGGAUGUUGGUAAAAACAACCUAUCAGGUCGUCUUCCUAUACAGAUUGGGAACUUCACUGAAUUGAAGUUGCUUUCCAUGUCAGAAAAUCAUUUUGAAGGUUCUAUUCCAGUUGAGUAUUGCAACCUCUACAGUCUUUCCCUUUUGGACCUUUCCCAAAAUAGAAUUAUUGGGUCCAUACCUUCAUGCUUCAGCCUGUCUUUGAGAUUCUUACAUUUGCAAGGAAAUGAGCUCACUGGAUUCAUGCCAAAUGCUUCAUCAAAAAUCUCCUCCCUUGUUACAAUGGACGUCAGGCAGAACAACAUAUCUGGUAAUAUUCCAAAUUGGAUUGGUGCUUUUCCUAAUUUAAGGGUUCUUCUCCUCGGAGGAAAUAAUUUCCAAGGUCACAUUCCGCUGCACUUGUGUCAACUGAAGAACAUCAGCAUACUGGAUCUUUCACACAAUAAUCUCUCUGGACCAAUACCACCGUGCUUUGGUAAUAUGACAUUUGGGAGGGCAGAAGAAAUUGACUUUUUAACUUUUGUUGUCUCUCGAGGAGUUACCAUGAUCUCUUCAGGAAAGGAUUUGCCUGGAUAUCGUAUUGCUGUUUCGGAGCCUGUUAAUGUUGCUAAUGUCUCACCAGAUGAGGAAGAAGUGGGGUUUAUAACAAAGUGGAGGUCUGAAACUUACAAAGGUGGCGUUCUUUACUUUAUGUCUGGUGUAGAUCUGUCAUGGAACCAGUUAACAGGUGAAAUCCCACCUGAAAUUGGACAUCUAACCGCUAUUCAUGCAUUGAACUUGUCCCACAAUCAAUUAACUGGACCAGUUCCAGAAACCUUCUCAAACCUAAAACAGCUUGAGAGCUUGGACCUUUCUUACAACAGAUUGAGUGGGGAGAUUCCUCCUCAACUUACUGAGCUCAACUUCUUAUCUACAUUCACAGUGGCCCACAAUAACUUAUCUGGCAGGACACCAGACAGGAAGGCGCAGUUUGGCACCUUUGGAGAAACCAGCUAUGAAGGUAAUCCCCAUCUCUGUGGACCACCACUGAAGAGUUGCUUCUCCACUUCUCCGCUACCACCUUCAAUGCCAAAAGAGGAGGAAGACAGUUAUAACAUUAUCUUCUACGCAUGCUUUUGCGCAUCGUGCACCAUCUCGUUCUUGGUUUUCAUAGCUCUUCUCUACAUCAACCGCUACUGGAGAGGUCUGUAUUUCUAUAUGGUUGAUGCAUGUAUCUAUUCAUGCUACUAUUUUGCUUUAAACAGCUACUACUUGGCUUUGGACAACCUUCGCAAGGUUUUCCCCUGGCUACCUGCAUAACCUUCAAGCCAGAUCAGUUUCUCCGAAUAAAUGUAAUUGUAAGACUAUAUAAUAAUCAUGUUUAUGCAUGAUGGUGCUUUUAUUUGAAACCAUGUUUUCCCUUCCUACUGC